AUGCAUUGUCACCUUCUUUGUAUUAUAUCCUCAUCACAUUCUCCGCCUGUACCCUCUCAGCUGGGCUGGAUUGAGGAGUCCUCACCACAGCAGAAUUGUGAUGGAGGGUGUGUCCCCUGGCUGGACCAGGUUGGGUUACAUGUGCUCAUUACAUCAAGUGGCAUUGUGGAGUGGAUUUCAGUUGGAGAUGGCAUGGGAUGGGUUUGCCUGACAAGGUGCUUUUUUGGCUGCAUUGGCAGUGUCCCCUUCCUCCCCCCGGGGGGGGGGCUCAGUGAGGGGUGGGAGCUUCUGCACAUGCCUUGCUCUAUAUAG